AUGUUUCGCAACGGAAGAGGCCAUGGCGAUUGCCAAGCCGCAGCCUCGCCUAUUGGAGCCCUGCCCAGAACCCUUAGCCUCGACCUGACCCCGACGACGCUGCCCCCCGAGCCAGGCCCCUCCGCUCAGCAACUUUCAAUUCCUCGUGAAUCCGCCGUGAGAGAGGGCCAAUGGAAGCUGGCAGCGAGCCAAGAGCCGUUUUCUCUCUUCGUCCCUCCUCGAGCUCGCCUGCUCUUUCCGCUUGCUCGUCCGAUCAAGAGCCCUAGGCCUGCCUGGUCCUUUGCUUGGCCCCCUCCUCGUCCGCGUCGCUCAUCGAGGCGAAAAGCGCUGCUCGGCUUCUUCCCCGACUACCUCAAACUUCGCCAAGACCUUGUCUCCUCACCACUGCCUGGGCCUUUCUCAUCCUUCCACCUCCCAUUCUGCUCGCUCAUGGAGCCGUCCAGCAAGAAGCGGAAGCUGGCUCCAAAAGUCAACCCUUCGGCCCUCAACUCUCAACCCGUCCAGUAUUCAUACGAAUCGUCACAGCAGCCGUCCCAGCAACAGCACCCUGUCCAUGAACCGCCCCCCGUUGCCGAACGCCAUGACUUCGAAUCCUUUGCCCGCCAUCUGCAGGAUGCCGCCAUGCUCAUACAGCGUCGGACCGAACGGCCGACGUACAUGAACGCCUCCGUCCUGCUGCUGAGCUGGCAGGGAGAUGACCACUUUGAGAACGACAUCGCAUCCCUCGAACGUGUAUUCCAGAAGCAGUACGGCUUCGACACGCAAAGAUGGGAGAUACCCGCCAUUCCACACUCCGGCGCCAAGCUGGCCCAGAAGCUGGCCACAUUUCUCGAUAGUACCAGGCCCGGCCAACUCCUGAUAGUAUUCUACGCUGGCCAUGACCAAUUCGGCUCCGACAAUCAGCUGUACUGGGCAUGCGAUGACCGUGUAGACGCUGUCAAAAUUAAGUGGGAUGGUGUCCGUUGCUUGCUGGAGGAUGCUCAGUCGGAUAUUCUUCUCUUGCUGGAUUCAUGCGGAAUUGCCGACGCCCCCCUCGCUGGUAGUCACAGCAUCAAGCAGGCAAUUGCCGCCCAUCCCUCAGGCGGAAAUCCUCGAGACGACUCGACAAAGUCCUUUACCGCCAACCUCACCGACGCGCUGCACAAGCUCAGCACCGGCAGACCCUUCAGCGUUCAGAAGCUGUACGACGAGCUAUUGUCCCAGAAACAGCAGCAGUUGCUGCAAACCUCGCGCAUUCCUAAUGGCGGGAACACCGACUUAUCUCCCCGGAGCCGCAUGCCACUCUUCUUCGCCUUGUCAUCGAACAAGGGCCAAAAUCUCAUCCUUGCUCCCCUCAUGUCACGAAGGCCAGAAUCCCAGCACGGUGCGGAGGGUACCGAUGGUCAUAAUAAUGCGACCCGAGCGAGGGAAGAUGACCUCAUCGAUUUCGAUUCUGUUGCCGAUCUCAGGUUCGACGAGGCUCGAAUUCUCGUCUGCACCACAUUCGUCGGCGACGCGAGCCCCGACAUGGCCUUCUUCAACCAAUGGCUUCAGAACACACCCCCUCUGGCGUCAAAAAUCGCCGUCGAGGGCAUGUUCUUGGGCCCCCCCACCAUGCUUCUCAUAUCGAUGCCUCAUUCAAUAUGGGACGUCGUCCAGCAUGACAAGGUCUGCUGCUUCCUCGGCUACAUCAGCUCCCACAACAUGAUCCACGUGUACGAGAAAUUGGUCGGUCCGGGCGGUGUGAGGCCGUCUGCGAAGGAGGUGGAGGACGGUCGGAUUCUCUUGGAAGCUAGGGAGCUGGCUGCAGGGACGCCAGCUCGCAUCCACCGGAAACCUGAUGGCCACGAGCCCGCCUUCCAACCUUUGGUGUCGCGGGACAAGCCUCCUCAGGGCGACCGAUCGGAUGCGCAAUUCGCCCAAGGGAGCCCGACGCGGAUAUCCUACGCGUCCGUUGCCUCCGGCUCGCGGCCAACGAAGCCCAAGGAUGAAGUCCAAGACUCCGCCGAGAUGCAGGAGGCGGCCGAGCAGCUCAAGGCUCUGAGCCACGUGCGGCACUGCAGCGAUGAGGCCGUCCCUGCCGGCCAGCGCCCCCGCACGAGCCUGCCGGACUCUCUGCCUAGCACUGUGCGAGACAACAUCCAGCAAGCUCACGAUGCGAGCAACCCGAAAGUGAGCACAGCCGCCAUGGAAGCGGAACCCAAGUCGACGUCGCACUCGCGCCUCAAGGCUGCUCGACGUGCCGUCCCGAAACUGGCGACUCGCUGCAGCCACUGCAGCCACGCGCCGUUCAAGGACCUGUCGUCGUUGCGAAAGCACAUCGCAGCCGCCCAUACUCGGCCCUUCCCCUGCGCCUUUUCCUUCGCCGGCUGCACCAGCACCUUUGGCUCCAAGAACGAGUGGAAGCGGCACAUGGCCUCCCAGCACCUCUGCCUGCAAUUUUACCGAUGCUCGCAGUGCCCGCAGAGUGCGGUGGAAGGCAAAGGGAAUGAGUUCAACCGCAAGGACCUUUUCACGCAGCACCUCCGUCGCAUGCACGCUCCGUUUCAAGUCAAGCGAGCGGCCAUGUCCAAGGCUGAGAACGAGCUGGUGGCCGAUUGGGACGAGCACGUCAAGAAGUUGCAGCAGACUUGCUUGGUCACGCGACGCCAGCCGCCGCGAAUGUCGGUUUGUCCCAAGCCCGGAUGCCAGCACAUGUUUGAAGGCCCCAGCUCUUGGGAUGAGUGGACGGAGCACGUCGGACGCCACAUGGAAAAGGGCGAGUCUCAGAGCCUUGAAGUCGACCCCCUUCUCGCCCAAUGGGCCGUCCAGGAAGGGAUCAUCGAGCCCAAGGGCGGUGGAGAAUAUCGACUCUGCGCCAGCAACGGCCCUGCCGGAGGGACAGUGGUGAACGGCAACGCACUGCUGGAUCGCAGGGACUCGUCUACGCUCAUGCCGAUGACGGACUCUUCUCAGAUGGAAGAUUCAUGCUCGAUGGAGGCGCAACCGACCAACGACCAUGACGAGGGCCAGCCAUCGGCUGAGUGA